AUAUCUGACAAGGGCGGUGGUUUUCCACGCUCUGUCGCAGAUCUUCUCUUCCGGUACACCUUCACAACUGGUCACGGUUCAAAGGGUGCACCGAUUGAUAUCGGGCAGACUGGUAACGCACCUUUGGCCGGCUACGGUUACGGCUUGCCGCUUAGCCGUCUGUAUGCCCGCUAUCUCCACGGGGACCUGACGGUGGCUGGUAUGGAGGGUUACGGCGCUGACGCAUUCGUCUUCCUCAUGCGGAGGGAUUUUGAGGCGGAUGAACUGCUCCCUGUCUUUAAUCGGACCUCCGCUCGACGUUACGAGAAAAUUCGGACGCCGGUUGCAGACUGGGCAGAACGGCGUUCCGGUCUCGAUAAACCCUAG